AUGUGUUUCUUUUAUCAGCAGUUGAGUCCAUUCAGCUCUAGUAAUAAUCACUUGUUUAAUUCCGCAGAUGACAAGCAAGAGCAGGAGAAGGACGAGCAAGAGUGCCAACUGGAAGAAGCGGUGGAAGUGGAUCCCGGGAGGAUUUCCUUCGAAGUGGUGGAAGAGAGCUGUACAAUAGAAGAGGAAUCUCCGGCAAGCGAGAAGCCCUAUAGUUGCUCCAAGUGUGAGGAAAGUUUCGCCAAUAAAUCAUUGCUCCUUGAACACCGAAGAUCACAUCCGGGGGACAGGCGAUACGGAUGCUCCAUGUGUGAGAAGAGGUUCAACAAGAAAGCUUGUCUUCUUGCACACGAAAGAUCUCACACAGGAGACAAGCCUUACCAGUGUUCGGAUUGUGGCAAGGCCUUCGGGCAGGAAUCGUCUCUCGUUACGCACCAGAGAACCCACACUGGAGAGAAACCCUACGAAUGUUCGGAGUGUGGGAAGAGCUACCCCUGGAAGACAUCUCUGGCGGUUCAUCAGAAGAUUCACGCUGGCGAGACGUACUCGUGCCCCGUGUGCGAGAAAACCUUCAAUCAGAAGUCUUUACUUCGGAUACACAAGAGGAUCCACACGGCGGAAAAACUGUACAAAUGCUCGGACUGUGACCAGAGCUUCACCCUUGAAAAAUACCUUAAUGCGCACAGGGUAAGGGCUCACACCCGGGAGCGACCGCACGCCUGCUCGCACUGUGACAAAACCUUCAUCUUUAAAUAUUCUCUCAUCGAACACGAGCGCAUGCACACCGAUGAGAGGCCUUAUGAAUGCUCUGAGUGUGGCAAACGCUACAAUGGCAAAGCUGCCCUGGUGGUCCACCAAAACACACAUGGCGGACAGAAAUCCUAUCUGUGCCCCGAGUGCGGCAAGAGUUUCAAGACCAAAUGCGCUCUGACGGGUCACGAGAAAAGCCACAAAGGAGAGAAGCCCCAUAAAUGUGCCCAAUGCGACAAAAGCUUCUUCUGGAAACACCGCCUUGUUCUGCACGAGAGGGUUCACUCCGGGGAGAUGCCCUACCAGUGCGCGGAGUGCGGCGAACGCUUCCGUUACAGAAACAACCUGACCAAGCACAAGAGGAACACGCACGAGAGAAACCGGAUGGUUGGGGAGAGGAUCUAUCAGUGCUCAAUUUGUGGCAAAAGUUUCCGCUGGAGACGGAGCUUCAUCUUGCACGAGAGGGCCCACAUGGGAGACAAGCCCUUUAAAUGUACCGAUUGUGGGAAAAGCUUCAUGAGCCGCGUGUCCCUCAUUGUUCACAAGAGGAUCCACACGGGAGAGAGGCCUUACAAGUGCCCUGAAUGUGGGAAAAGCUUCAUUAAGAAGCAGGCCCUCAGUAAACACAAGACGGUCCAUACAGGCGAGAGGCGCUAUUUGUGCAACGUCUGUGGAAGAAGGUUCUCCAACAAGGGUAAUCUGAUGAGGCACACCAAGAUCCACACGGGAGAGAAGCCCUACAGCUGCCCCAUAUGUGGGAAAGGCUUCAUACAGAAAGUGUGCCUUAUUGAACACGAACCCACCCACAGCAAGGAAAAACCCUUCAUCUGUUCCGAAUGCGGGAAGAAGUUCAAGCGGAAAAGGGGUUUCCUUCUGCACUUGAGAAUGCAUCGAGGGGAAAUGCUGCAAGAGACCACCACCAAGAAAAGCGUCAACGGGGGAGAUCCCUCCGCCGCAGACAGCAAGGCCCCAGCGAAAGAGAGAUGCCAUCCGUGCCUGGAAUGUGGGAAAAGUUUCCACUCAAGGUGCCAUCUCAUUAUGCAUCAGAGGACCCACACGGGAGAGAAGCCCUAUCAGUGCCCAGAGUGCGGGAAAAGCUUCAGUCAGCAGUCGUCCCUCAACACACACCAGCGAGUCCACACGGGCGAGAAGCCCUCCCUGUGUACAGAGUGCGGGAAAAGUUUCCACAAUAAAAGCAACCUGGCCCGGCACCAGCGAAUCCACACGGGGGAAAAGCCCUUUGCCUGCCCAGAGUGCGGGAAGAGUUUCAUUCAGAAAGCCUCUUUGGAGGCUCACAAAGCCACCCACAGCAAAGAGAACCCCUUCUCCUGCUCCGACUGCGGGAAGACCUUCAAGCUGAAAAUGUCACUCCUCACCCACCAGAGGACUCACACGGGGGAGAAACCCUACGCCUGUUCCCAGUGCGAGAAAAGAUUCAUCCGACGUUCUCAGCUGCGCAGGCACGAAAAGGCACAUGCAGGUAAAUGUAAAAGGGACACCGUGGCUCAUUGA